AUGAGAAUAUAUCAAUUGUUAAGACUGUCGCUACUCUGGGUGUGCUUGCCACAUCCCUGUUCUCCAGAGAUAACCUUCAAAAGGACUCCUGUGCCCCAACAAAGGAUUGUAGGGGCCUCAGUACCAAGGAGUGAUGGGAAAAUCCUGCAUCGUCAGAAGCGUGGGUGGAUGUGGAACCAGUUUUUCUUGCUGGAGGAAUACACAGGAUCUGAUUAUCAAUACGUAGGCAAACUUCAUUCAGACCAAGAUAAAGGAGAUGGAUCGCUCAAAUAUAUUUUAUCUGGAGACGGAGCUGGAACUCUUUUUAUUAUUGAUGAAAAAACAGGUGAUAUUCAUGCCACAAGAAGGAUUGAUAGGGAGGAGAAAGCUUUUUAUACUCUACGUGCACAAGCUAUUAACAGAAGAACUCUGAGGCCAGUAGAGCCAGAGUCUGAAUUUGUGAUCAAAAUCCAUGAUAUUAAUGACAAUGAGCCAACAUUCCCAGAAGAAAUUUACACAGCUAGUGUGCCUGAAAUGUCUGUUGUAGGUACUUCUGUGGUGCAAGUCACAGCUACAGAUGCCGAUGACCCAUCCUACGGGAACAGUGCCAGAGUGAUUUACAGCAUUCUUCAAGGGCAGCCCUAUUUCUCUGUGGAGCCUGAAACAGGAAUCAUCAGGACUGCAUUACCAAACAUGAACCGAGAAAACAGAGAGCAGUACCAAGUGGUCAUCCAGGCCAAAGACAUGGGCGGCCAGAUGGGGGGCCUCUCAGGAACCACCACUGUGAACAUCACGCUGACUGAUGUCAACGACAACCCGCCUCGAUUUCCCCAGAACACAAUCCAUCUCCGAGUGCUUGAGUCUUCCCCUGUUGGCACAGCUGUUGGAAGUGUGAAAGCCACGGAUGCUGACAUUGGAAAAAAUGCUGAAGUAGAAUACCGGAUUAUUGAUGGUGAUGGGACGGAUAUGUUUGACAUUAUAACUGAGAAGGAAACACAGGAAGGCAUUAUAACUGUAAAAAAGCCGCUGGACUACGAAAGUCGUCGACUUUACACUCUGAAGAUUGAAGCAGAAAACACCCAUGUGGAUCCACGUUUUUAUUACCUUGGACCAUUCAAGGACACUACAAUUGUGAAAAUCUCAAUAGAAGAUGUGGAUGAACCUCCUGUUUUCAGUAGAUCAUCCUAUUUGUUUGAGGUUCAUGAAGAUAUCGACGUGGGCACAAUCAUUGGAACUGUAAUGGCACGGGACCCAGACUCUACUUCCAGCCCCAUUAGAUUUUCCUUAGAUCGCCACACUGACCUGGACAGGAUUUUUAACAUACAUUCUGGAAAUGGAUCACUUUAUACAUCAAAACCACUUGACCGUGAGCUAUCUCAGUGGCACAACCUGACUGUUAUUGCCGCAGAAAUCAAUAAUCCCAAAGAGACUACUCGCGUGGCUGUUUUUGUUAGGAUUUUAGAUGUUAAUGACAACGCCCCACAAUUUGCUGUGUUCUAUGACACUUUUGUAUGUGAAAAUGCCAGACCUGGACAGCUCAUCCAGACAAUAAGUGCAGUAGACAAAGAUGAUCCCCUUGGCGGACAGAAAUUUUUCUUCAGUUUAGCUGCUGUCAAUCCAAACUUCACAGUACAGGAUAACGAAGAUAACACUGCCAGAAUUUUAACCCGAAAAAAUGGCUUCAACAGACAUGAAAUCAGCACCUAUCUCUUGCCUGUGGUGAUAUCCGACAAUGACUACCCAAUUCAGAGCAGCACAGGCACGCUGACCAUCCGCGUGUGUGCCUGCGACAGCCAGGGCAACAUGCAGUCCUGCAGCGCCGAAGCCCUGCUCCUUCCUGCGGGUCUCAGCACUGGAGCCUUGAUUGCCAUUCUCCUCUGCAUCGUUAUCCUGCUGGUUAUAGUAGUCCUGUUCGCAGCUCUGAAGAGGCAGCGCAAGAAGGAGCCUCUGAUCCUGUCCAAGGAGGACAUCCGCGACAACAUCGUGAGCUACAACGACGAGGGCGGCGGCGAGGAGGACACGCAGGCCUUCGACAUCGGCACCCUGCGCAACCCCGCGGCCAUGGAGGAGAAGAAGCUCAGGAGGGACAUCAUUCCAGAAACACUCUUUAUCCCCCGGAGGACGCCUACCGCCCCGGACAACACGGAUGUCCGGGAUUUCAUCAACGAGAGGCUCAAAGAGCACGACCUGGACCCCACGGCGCCUCCCUACGACUCUCUGGCCACCUACGCCUACGAGGGCAACGAGUCCAUCGCGGAGUCGCUGAGCUCCUUGGAAUCAGGUACUACCGAAGGAGACCAGAGCUACGACUACCUGCGAGAAUGGGGCCCUCGGUUUAACAAGCUAGCGGAGAUGUACGGCGGCGGGGAGAGCGACAAGGAGACCUGA